GUUUGUAAUGUUUUAUUAUGCGCUUUUACGACCCUGUCAAGGUGUCCCUGAGGUUCAGGGGGCUGCACUUCUGCGGAGCGGCGAUCCUCACCGACCGGUGGAUCCUGUCUGCCGCCCACUGCUUCUCCACGCUGUCAAAGCGGUCUUUGAAGAACGUGGACGUCGCGGUCGGGGAGUUCGACCGCCGCGCGGCGGACGUCGGGGAGCAGGCCUUCGCGGUGAGGUCCGUCAGAGUCCACGAAAGAUUCCACCACUCCACCCCGAUGAGCUACGACCUGGCGCUCCUGGAGCUGAGCGGGCGGAUCAGAUUCGGUCGGUACGCUCAGCCAAUAUGCCUUCCCCUCCCCGGGGAGGAGUUCCUGCCAGGGGCUGCCUGCACCGCCAGCGGUUGGGGCCAGACGAGAGAACGGGGCCAACUGCCUUUCGUCCCCCGUGAGGUGCGGCUGGGCCUGGUGGAUCGGGGCAAGUGUAAGCACGUCAUCCAGACGGUGAAGCCUGGCCAGAAGACCUUCACCGUUGUCUGCGCCGGGCCGGAGAACGGGGGGAGAGACGCCUGCCAGGGAGACUCUGGCGGGCCUCUGGUCUGCCCCAGGGAGGGAGGCCGCUGGGCCCUGGUCGGCGUGACGUCGUGGGGGAAGGGCUGCGGCCGUAGCUGGGUCAACAACCGCAGCAAGCCCCCGUGGAAGAGGGGGUCGCCCGGGGUCUUCACCGACGUCCGAAUGUUCCUGGCCUGGAUCAAAGAGAACCUCAGAGAAGCGACGCAACGUCAGAGAAAAUCAUCAUCAAGGCUUUGCGGUGCCAGCGAUGGGCUCCGCACCGGUUUGGGGGGUCUCAUCCGGAAUCCCGAACAUCCGGGGCGCAGCUACGAGAACAAUGAGAUGUGUCUGUGGUCCAUAAACGUCCCCCCUGGGAAGAGCAUCCUGCUGCAGUUUUUGGAGUUUGACGUGGAGAACGACACCCACUGCAGCAGCGACCAGCUGGCUGUGUUCGCCGGCACGGACAGGCUUAUCGGGAGGUUCUGCGGCAGCCGGCUCCCCUCCCCCGUCCGGGUGGACUCCUCCAGGGUCACGCUCCGGUUCCUGUCCGACUUCAGCGUCUCCGGCACCGGCUUCGCCGUCAAGUUCGACGCGGUCGAGCCGCAUUCCGCGCGGCACGACUCCGCCUGCGGCGCGGUGGCUGUCCUCCAAUCAGAGGGCGUCGUUCAGAGCCUGCGCUACCCCGAUCUCUACGGCAGCGACUCCGACUGCCGCUGGGUCAUCCACGCCCCCUCCGGCCACAUCGUCAAGCUGGAAUUCGACGACUUCGACGUGGAGCCGUCGAAGGAGUGCACGUACGAUUCCCUGGCGGCCUUCGGCGACGUGGAGGGGAAGGACGAGAUAGCGGUGCUCUGCGGAGGGGGCCUGCCCCCGCCCCUGCUCAGCUACGAGCGCGUGCUGGCGCUGAGGUUCACCUCCGACGGCACAGUGUCCCACCGCGGCUUCCGCGCCACCGUGUCCUUCGUCAGCGAGAGAGGUGAGCGCCGUUCGCAAAAAACGCUCGCCCUACCCUACGGCUCGACCCCGGCCACUGAACCCGUGGGUGUACAAACUGGGAAGUUUAGGUCUUCAUUGUUUACUUUCCUUUUCUUUAUUUCAAUUUUCUCCGCGGAGAAUCCGGCACGCCUGUGUUUAUCUAACGCGCUCCCGGGCGUUAGCUGGCCAAGACGCCUUGUGUACAUUCUUUCGGAGCGCGUAUUUGUUGUGCCAACGCUCGGUAACCGCCAUUUGAAAUCGACAGAUCUGCGCCCGGAGGAACCGGUCGGACGCGACCAGGAAGUCCACCGCGACGUGAAAGUCGACGGCAACGGCGGCCACGCCCGCGGCUCCCCUCCCCCGAGGCCUGGUCUGUGUGGAAUGCCGCACACGUCUGGCAGCUCAGCUCCGGUCCAGGAGGUGGGCGGGGCUCUGAGCCGGCAGGUGGGCGGGGCCCAGAGCCGGCAGGUGGGCGGGGCCCAGGGUCGGGUGAUUGGCGGUGCGGGGGCGGAGCCUCGCUCCUGGCCGUGGCAGGCGAGCCUGACCCUGGCUUCCCGGCGCGUCUGCGGGGGGGUCCUGGUCCGGGCCUCCUGGGUCCUGACCGCCGCCCACUGCCUGAGCAGCCUAGACAGGACUUCUCUUUCGGUCGUCGUGGGAGACCACAACCUCACCAGGAGGGACCCCGGCGAGCAGAGACGUACGGUGAGGAGGGUCGUGUUUCACCCGGGGUACAACGGCACCUCGCUCGAUUAUGACGCGGCGCUCGUGGAGCUGGACGCCCCCCUGCAGUUCGGCGACCGCGUCAGCCCCGUCUGCCUGCCCGGCGCCCGACAGGAAGUCCCGCCCUCCCACGUCUGCUCCGUCUCCUCUGGGCGGGGCGGCCCGACAGCCGGGCGGGGCAGCAGGACCCUGUGGCUGCUGGGUCGUGAGCAGUGUGAGCGGCACUACCCCGGCAGGCUGACGCGCAGCAUGCUCUGCGCGGGAUCUCCACCAUCGGAGGGGAGGGACUCGUGCUCGGGAGAUUCGGGAGGGGCCUUGGUGUGCCGGUCAGAGGACUCCAGUUACUUUGUCUAUGGGGUGACCAGCUGGGGCCCCGGCUGUGGAAGGUUCCGGAAACCUGGAGUCUACACCUCGGUGCCGCUCCUCAGGGACUGGAUUUUGGAACAGCUGGAGGGUGAUUUUUGCGAGGAUGACAGAAAUGGAUUUCAACUAAGAACCAUCUCACAGCAGGAAAAUUGGACAUCCAGCGAUGAGGACAAUGACUUUUGGGCAGAGUCUUCGGGAGUUGAUUAGCUCAAUUUAUUUAUUUUUUCUUAAUCAGAUUCAGCCAGGUUUAUAUUUUAACGUUGUUUUAAGUAGGUUUGUGUUAGUCUACCUCUUUUUCUUGUGUGUUGACUGUUUCGUUCUGCUAUUUCUUUUUUAAAAAAUUUUAUUUUUCAAUUUAAAUAUAAUUAUUGCCAUUUUUGCUCUUCUUGAAAACCUUGGAAAUUUCAAACUGCCUCCACCCUGUGCGCCCGAAAUGGAAAAAAUUACUUUUUUAAAAAAAAUACAAAACGUCUUGAUAGUUUUAUUACGUGUUCAACUCUAACGAAAAUCUGACGUUCAAUUUUCCACUGUCGAUGCCUCCCAUAGUGUAGCCCCCCGGCGGUCUUGAUUUAAGAUCUGAAUUCAGAGCCCAAAUGCAGGAAGUGGGCAUGACAAGCUGACUGAACAUUGCCCACACCGGCAUCCAUACCCGGGGAGAGGUGAGGGCACUCCGUGGAGCACGGCCUGGUGAGAUUUUGCUCUUUUUCCUGAAUGAAAUGGCGAGGUGGAUAUUUGUUUUCAGAACCGCGAGUUACUCCUGCAUUCUGUGACCGUUUGUCUUCGAACAUGCGCCGAGAAUGUACAAAUAAGCACAGUACUAUAACAGGAAUGUUGUGAAAGAACAUUGAUGAAAAACAUUUCUUACUUUGUUGUGGAACCUAUACAGGUUUUUACGUCUGAAGGGUUAAAGCAUUUAGAGAAGAGAUUAGCCUACUGGUGUUGUGUGCAGUGCAAUAAUGGUCAGCCUCUUACUGGAAAGGUACUAUUAUAACAUAGGCCUGCUUUCAAAGUACGUGGGAUCCAGGGUUUCGGGAAGGGAUUAAGGUCAAUUUUAAACCUUGCUUGCCUUUAUUAGUGCGUAUUAAAUGCCAAUUACACUACAAACAGAGUAGAGAAUAGGCUACUGUACUGGGUUUCUUUGCAUUCUCCGUGGGAGAAUUGUCCUUCUGAGAACUCCAGCUCGCUUCCCGCACGAAUAAGAGAGGUUUCGUAACUCCAUGUCAAAGUGGAAACGAGCCAUGUCAGAUCAAUGCUAGGAUUAAUAGUGAAUACCAUGCAAAACUUGCAUUAUGAUAAAAAGGGAUUUUUUUCCCCAUAAUGCUGGUGUGUAUAGGCUAGGCAGAUAAAUAAUGUAAUCGACAUUAUUGCUAUAAAGGGAAGAACAUUUUUUGCAAUUAAACAGCUAAAUGGCAGCAUCUUAAACGUUGUGCAGCUAUGCACGUGAAAUUAAAGCACGUGCAUUUUUAAACUGGCGUGUAUGAAAGGGCGGGUAUUUUUUUUUUUUUUUUUAAUUGAACUGCUGGCGUAUAGGUAUGCUUUGUGCAUAUUAUUUGUUCUGCCAGGUCAAUCAAUUACACACAAUUAAAAUGUUAUUCUUGGCGACGCUGUAUGGCCAACCUUGAUGUCACAGCUCGGUCAGGGAUGGUGCCAAACAAUGUAUAAUUAACUGAUUCCAUCUGUAACUGCAUUUGGCUCGGAUAUGCAGGUUACACACCGAAAGCAUACCAUGAAAUCUUUAACGUCUUGAUGACAAGAGCAGUCAAUUUGACAUGUAAUGCUUACAUUGUGACACUCACAGGUAACAUUUGGGCUAGCAAUUUUGCAAAAAUGGACGUAUUCAUUGGAUUGGUCAAAACAAAUUUUAAACAGAAAGCUGCGCAAAUAGGGCACUUUCUGCAGACCGUUAUAGAACAAUAUUUUUUUAUGUUUAACUGUAAAAUCUAGACAACGAUAGAUUUCACGACUACUAUACUGCCGUCCAAAGGCUAACCGCAGUAACUACAUUUUGGUCGAAAUUGAGUUAUAACUAAAAAUGAACUUCUUGAUAUCUGUUUUAUCUUGUGACAAAGUUUCAGAGUUAAAUUUUGCUUUGUUUUAGAGAAAAAACGGUAUAAAAAUUGCAGUAACUACAAAACCCGACUCAAAACCAUGGCAGACCGCAGUAAGUGAAGUUACUGCGGUCUGCUUUGGGAUUCUACCGGCCGAUUUUGCGAUCUACCCAUCUAAGUUACCUCACGCGACUGCUUUGGGAUUCUACCACCAGCCGAUUUCACCCAUCUAACCUCACACAACAAAGCUGUUUAAGAUGGCACUAUCCAGCGGAAAGAGGAUAGUGGAACUGGUGUUGAAAAGAAAAUACCCAGGUAGGCUAAGUAACGAUGACAUUAAGCGUUGAGAAACUAGCAAUCACAUUAUAAAACACCUGUCAGCCUCGCUAUAUAUGCUGACUGACAGGCGAUGUUUAGUUAGCUAGCGUUAUCUUACCUGCUCCCUGUAGCUGUAACAUUAUCAUCUGUAACUUCACAUCAUCGCCGAUGCCAUGUCAUGCACUUAAAGAUUGUUUACAAUCUAGCCUACGCAUUGUAGGAAUACGAGUGCGGAGAAAGAAGCGCAUGUAUCCGCAAAUAAUAUAGAUUAAAAAUGUGCACAAUUUCGUACUGCAAAUGAAAAUA